AUGUGUGAAAAUGUAGAUAUUUAUGGACAUGUUAGGCGUACCCCUUUUAAGAUAAAGAAGAAACUUAAAAAAAAAGAUCCUAGUGACCCUGAGUUACAGAACACUAAUAUAUACAAUUCAACAAACAGUAAUAGCUAUACUCAAUCACUUUACGAUUCAACUAUGAGCUUAAAUUCACCAAAUGAAAGAUUCGAAACUAAGGGAAAUGAAGAUGACUCUACUGAAAGUAUUGGACUAAUCAAAUACAAGGGAGAUCAAGUCUUAGAUAGCCUAGUCAGUAAUAAAACUACAAACUCACAUCUAAAUAGUACAACUAGAACAAAGCUCACUGCUGCAGAAAAGACAUUUCUUAAGAUACAGAAACAAAGACUGCAAUCAAAAAUUGUUAGUAGGACCUCUAUGACACAUCGUAAACGUGUUGCACAAUUUAAUGCGAAACUUGCCUCACUACCAGAACACUUUGAUAUGCCAAAGGUUGGACCUGGGUAA